AUGGAUGAAGAACAUUCAUUUAGUUCCGAUAUGAACAUGGUCCGCACUUUCUCACACAAAUACGAGGGGUACAUAAAGGCAGACUGUUCCGUUUUACGCUGCCGCAUAUGUGAGGCUCCAUUUGAGCGGAUAAUGGAGGUGGCGCAGCAUUUGAUCAAGGAGCACAAUAGUAAAAUGGAUUCCUUAGACGUGGGGAUACAACCCUUCAAGUUUGUUAACGAUAGACUGCUCUGCGGGAUGUGUGAUAAAAAUUUUCCUUGUUUGCGUCAGCUGAGUAAACACACGGCCAGCCAUUUUCAAAACUACACGUGCGAGGAGUGUGGGAAAUCCUAUACGACCCAAAGUGUUUUGAAGCAGCAUAUUCGGUUCACGCAUUCUGGUGGAUGUCUAUGUAGGCGGUGUAGGCAGACUUUUGCAACAGCGGAAGCGAGACGGCAGCAUGUUGUAAAGAAUGUCAACUGCUGGCCGUACGUUUGCAUGUACUGUACGACUACCCGCUUCUUACGGUAUUCUGAGAGAGAAGAUCAUUUGGUGAAAAAACAUGGAAAGGGCGAACGGACGCAUCGCUGUCCGGAAUGCGGUGAUACAUUUUCCAGCCGCUCCAAGUAUAGGGACCAUUUUACUACUAACCACUCGGAGUUUUGUUUUGUUUGUUCGUAUUGUGGUUCCAAAUUGGAAAUUCGGCGUAAUGACACAAAGAAAAUAAUAUUAGUGUACCAAACGCCACAGCGUCGUAACGCGGAAUUGAUAUUAAAAUAUUCCACUGCCUCUCCGUUUAAAAUGCGUUUCAGUCAAAUACUCUGCGCUUAUUGCCACGACGAAUAUGAUACCUUAGCUAUAUUACGUGGUCAUAUGAUAGCGGACCAUUCUAAUUCAGAUUUAAAAAAUGUAUUCUAUAGGGCGAAAGAUAAUUUAGUUAAAAUUGACAUUACGGGAUUGAAGUGUAAGCUGUGCGAUCUGGAUAUGGAAGAUGUUGAUAUGCUUAUGUCUCAUCUCUCUAGAGAACAUAAUAAACCUGUUAGGUUUAACGCCCGCUUCGGUAUUCUACCUUACAAAGAAAUUAACGCCCAAUGGCUAUGUGUGUAUUGUCAAAAGGUUUUUAAAGAAUUCAUUCAUCUUAAUCGACAUAUUCUAUGUCACUUUAUGAAUUAUAGUUGCGAAAAGUGCGGCACAACUUUUGUUUCUGAUCACGCGUUGAAAGAUCAUCAUAGGCAGGUUAAGUGUUUUAGGAGCGCGUAUAAAGCCCGGAAUGGGCGGGUACUCAAGCCUCGUACUAAUGCUGAAAUUAUUCUUCAGUGUUCCACAGCGUGUCCGUUUCGAACUUGGAAGAGUAAUUUCAAUUGUGUCUUCUGUAGGGUACAAACAAAUAAUCCGAGCAGUCUUCGCGUUCACGUUGCGACACAACAUGAGAACUACGAUGUGCAGACAGCGUUUUAUAAGAAACUUGGAAAGGAAUUCCUAAAAGUUGAUAUAACUGAUCUUCAGUGCAAGCUAUGUUUUAUGCCCAUAAAUAAUUUUGAGACUUUAACCUAUCAUUUGAAGACUGAUCACCAGCAGCCGAUAAACUCUGACGCGCAAAUAGGUUUGCUGCCGUUUCGAUUGAAUGACGGUUCCAUUUGGAAAUGCACAAUAUGUCCUAACGAGUUUAAAGAUUUUGUAUCCCUAAAGAAACACACGUCUGAGCACUUCCAAAACUACGUAUGCGAUACGUGUGGCGAGGGAUUUAUCACGGAGUCAGCGAUGAUAGCUCAUACGAAAAUACCUCAUGAAAAUAAGUAUAAUUGUAGCAGGUGCAUUGCUACGUUCUCAAGCCUCCAAGAACGUAAUGUUCACGUCAAAACACAACACACAUCUACACCAUACAUGUGCGUGUAUUGUAAGGACAAACCCCGUUUUGCAAAUUGGGAGUUACGUAAAAAACAUUUGAUGGAGGUCCAUAACUAUAAAACUGGGGCGGAUAAAUACGAAUGCGCGGCGUGUCAAAAGACAUUUAAGACGCGGUCUGGAAAAUAUAAUCAUAUGGCCAGGACGCAUAGGAUGAAAAAAGACUCGGAACUGAACUACCCGUGUCAUAGUUGCCCGAAAGCUUUCACGACUCAAUUGUUCUUGGAUAAACACGUAGCAAAGAAGCAUUUUGAUAUGUAA